UGCUGUUAGCUGUUUACUGUUUCUUAGUGCUAUGUAGAUUACAUACAGUGUUAAUACACUGUAUUUAAUAGUGGGUAUUUAACUAAAAUCCGGUUGUUUUGUAGUACCAGACCAACCGUGCGCGAACGCUAAUUGCCCGGACCGAGAACAGGAUUUAGCAAUACAAUCGAUCAUUGUUGAUAUGUUAGACAGCUGGUACAUCAGUAGGACGAGCGAGGAAGCACAACGAAAGAGUCCUCUCAUGACUUUAAUAGAACAAACGCCACAAGACGCUUUCGUAUCCAUGAUGAACGAUGAAUCGCAGCCCCUGAACCCGAUAAUGUCCAUGAUGAAUGAUGAGGAUCAGCAACAGACUGCCAUCUUAUCCUUGAUGAAUGACGACGAACCGCUAGAGCAGAACCCCAUCAUGCCGACGUUAAAGGAACGACCAGCGGCAGACCUGAGCAGCAGUGUUGAAGACGAAAGUGAUGAGGAUGAAUCCAUUUCGUACAUCGUCGAUUAUAAAGAGCAGUACUAUGAAUUGAAAUCGAAAUUCAAGUAUCUCAUCAAUGAAAACACCUAUUUUAAGGAGGUUCUUAAAAACAGCCAAAAGCGUUUAUUGAAAAUUACUCGUGAUCGUUCCUUUUUACUUGAUCGGCUCUCAAAGUAUGUGCCUGUGGAAAGAUCGUCAUCCGACAGUGACGCAACAGUCGAGUCGGAUGAUUCGAUACCAGUGGAAGUACAACCGAAAAAGCGAAAAGUAGAAACACCCACCACCACCACACAAGGCACAGCCUCCACAAUGAAGCCUCCAGCUGCACCAAAACGUAAUAAAAAGAACCCAAAGAAGCAGCAGCAACAGCAGCAACAACAACAACAAAAACGGCAGCAGCAACAACAGAAGCAACAGCAGCAACAAAAGCAACAAAAGCAGCAGAAGCAACAGCAGCCACAAAAGCAACAGCCGCAACAGAAGCAACAGCAGCAACAGAAGCAACAGCAGCAACAAAAGCAGCAGCAGCAGCAACAGAAACAGGUGCAUCAACAAAAGCAGCAGCAACAGCAGCAACAACAUCAACAGAUGCCACAACCGCAAGAACAAAUAACUGGGCCAGUUUUACAGAUGCCUUCGCAUCUUACGGUUCCACAGCAACAGCUACAGCCACAACAGCAACUUUUACAACAAACCGAACAGCUGUCACAAUCUUCCCAAGAUAUGCUUGACCAACUAACACCAGAAGAGCAACUUUUGCUGCAUAUGCAGCAGGACAAAUUAAUGGAUUUGAUCAAACAAAUACCGCAAUCGCAACAGAUGCUGCAAGCAUCACAACCACAGCCACAGGCUCAGCAACAACUGAUGCAGCCGCACCGUUCGCAGAUACCGCAAACACAGCAACAGUUAAUGCAGUCGCUGCAGUUGCAGCCCCAACAAUCGCAGCAGAUACUGCAAUCGCAACAGUCGCCCCAGGUUGUACAGUCGCAGGUACUGGUCGAUCCUCAACAUAUACUGCGUCAGCAACAGAUUUUGCCGCCAGUACGGCAAAUUCAGCUGCUGCAACAACAGCCGCUGCAGGUGAUGACACCGUCACCGCAGCAACCGCACGUGCAGCAGUAUUUAAACAAUCCAACACCACAGGUGAUGUCACAAAUCAGGCAACAGCAAAUCAACCAGCAACAGAUCAGACAGCAUCAGCUGGACCAGAUGGAGAUGCAACAACUGCAGCAGCACAUUCUCUACCAGCCACCUUCGUUCGUGCAGCAACCCACAACCGGGAAUGCUUACCAGUUUCCGCUCUCCAUGAUGUCGCAGGUACCGACGGAACUGCUUGCCACGACUUCGUACACCGAUAUCGACGUGCCCGGUGACGACGUAUCGAUGGAGGGACAGAUUACGAAGGAGGAGCUCGAGCGACACUUGCAAUCGCGACAAACGAUGCCACAGGUUAUACCGGAAGGUGAACUGCCGAUUGAAAUGUUUAACAACAACUCAUCAACCGAACCGAACGAUCAACUAAAUUAAUUGUAAAGCGGCGGCUUCCUGAACAAACGCAUGACACGCCGUACCAAUGCCAGCCAAAUAAGCUUCGGCUUAAUUUUUUGACUUUUGAGUUAAUGAUACAGUGAUCAUUAACGGAUUGGCAACCAAUGCCGGAUAGGAGUUUUUUAUACCUUUGUAUUAGGCGUAACAUUCGCCUAGCAGUCAUAGCAGUCCUUAAAACCGAACGAUUGGAUUGAUCAGCUACCUGAUUACCUGGUAAACACUUCCCUUCCGUAGCACAGUCUUUUUCAGUGAGUUACGUAAAUUUUGAAAGUUUAAAGUGACAUGGAUUUUUUUUUUUGAAUGAGGAAUCUAUUUUUUUAUCAUUGAUUUUUUUUUAAUUAGGAAUUUAUUUUUUUAUCAUUGAUUUUUUUUAUGAGGAAUUUAUUUUUUUAUCAAUGUAUUUUUGCAACAAGAAAAAUUAUUAGUUUAGCUUUAUUCCGUACCACGAUCGUAGAAUUGGAAAAAGCACUACAUUUUCCUCUAUUUCUUUUGAUACAAUUCCUCU